AUGGCAACACAGGAGAGCUACGUGCAAAAGCUACAGCACUACUGCGCUACCAACCAGAUUGCCCAGCCCCAGUUCCAGGACUACUCUGACCCACGAGGCAUACGCACAGCCUGGUCAAGCAGUGUCUUUGUCCAUGGCCGUGAAUACCGAGCCGCGCUAUGGCGAGACUACCGCUACCUCGAGCAAUCCCGAGAAGAAGCCGCUGAAGUGGCCUGGAAGGCCCUUCAAUCCGCCGCCGCAACCACCAACGCAAACCAGACACAAUACAACCGUUCCUUUGGGGCGUCCCGAUAA